GCUGCGCACCGAGAUGGCGGCCGUGGCGGGCCGAGCGGGCUUGGGGCACAGAGCCGCUUGGAAGGUGCUGGGGAAGAGGAUGGAGGGGAUGGUGACUGCAGUGUGGGUUCGUUGUCUCUUUACCAGGUCGAGAAUUCCAGACUCGGUAUUUCAGCCACGGCCUGGAGAUCAUGAAAAGUAUGGAGGUGACCCUGAGCAGCCCCACAAAAUCCACGUUGUUACUAGAAUAAAAAGUGUAGUUGGUCGCCCGUACUGGGAAAAGAAGAUAAUACGUGAUCUUGGACUGGAUAAAGCACAUCAGCCAAGACUACACAAAAAUAUCCCUUCUGUGAAUUCCAGACUGAAAGUUGUUAAACAUCUGAUAAGAAUACAGCCGCUGAAACUACCUUAUGGAUUGCCAACAGAAGAGGAAAUGUCGGACACCUUUCUUACAAGUAAGGGAGAGCUUGUCAUUAAACGGCAUCUGAAACCCGUGGAUCAGAAAGAAAUUAAGUCAUAAGGUGUGCUGAUUGGAUUUGUAUUUUAUAAAAUAAAUAAUUUAGCUCUCGA